UCAAGUUGAUGGGUCUGGGGGAAGAAUCAUUUAAUAUCCAGUGGUCUGAAUUGGUUUUAAGUACUGCAGAUCCAGUUCCAUCAACUCUUCCAACUGGUUAGAUCACAUUGCUAGAUGCAGGGUAUCUGACGAUCAAAAUGCUAGACACUCACCAAAUCCAUAGUAUCACGGUCAGUUUGGUCUUGACUGCGGUGACAUUGGUGUUUGUUGGAUUGAGAAUAUGGGCUCGUCUUGUUGCACCGAGUUCUUUUGGGUUCAAUGACGUCCUGAUAAUGGCCAGCUGGUUAUUCUCGUUGACACUAUGUUGUUCUUUAGUUGCAGCGACACAUUUCGGACUUGGUCUUCACCGCAAUCAAGUCAGUGAUGAAGACUAUGAAAUCUUCCUCAGGGUGCCUAUUGGUAGCUCUGUGCUAUAUAGCUGGGGCAUCGCGACCGCAAAGAUGUCCAUCGCAGUGCUGUACCUCAAGUUCAUGCCCGAGCAUCGGCUGCGGAGGUUUAAUCAAGGCCUCAUUGCCUUCAUUCUAAUCCAGGCUAUGAUGGAGACUUGCGUGACAGUGUUCCGUUGUAACCCGAUAUACAAGGCAUGGGAGCCUGAGGUGGGGGGUUACUGUCUCGACCAGCCAACACUAUGGUACACAGUGUUCGGCCUCAAUCUCGCAGUCAACUUGGUUUUACUCGUCGAGCCAGUGCCAAUAAUGUGGCACCUUCAGCUGCCCAGGGCUGAGUGGAUUGGUCUCAUCAUCAUGAUAUCUCUGGGGCUAUUGUGAGACAAAACUCAGCUUUCUGAUUCAACGUCUUUGACUAACUAGGAUACAUAGGACCACCAUUCUCUCCGGAAUUCGUAUCAAAUAUGCCAUGGGCGUCGGAGAUGACGAUACCUGUAAGCACUUCUUUUCCAACAGCGGCUCUCCUUUGGGACGAUGACUGAC